GUCACCUCCUCCUUUCGUCACCACAAGUCAUUUCUUUCUCUUCUUCCCUCUGGUAGCACCUUUCUCUCUUUCUCCUUCCAUUCUCUUCUCUGUACCCCCUUGUUGGAGCCAGAGCCAGAGCCAGAGCCAGAGCCUUUUGGGAAGGCUCUCGAGAUCACAAACAUGGUGAAGAUAUGCUGCAUCGGAGCUGGCUAUGUAGGUGGCCCGACCAUGGCCGUGAUCGCCCUCAAGUGCCCCUCGAUCGAGGUGGUGGUCGUCGACAUCUCCGCCAGCCGGAUCGCUGCAUGGAACAGCGAUCAACUCCCCAUCUACGAGCCAGGCCUUGACGACGUCGUCAAGCAGUGCCGAGGGAAGAACCUUUUCUUCAGCACCAACGUCGAAGUGCACGUCGCUGAGGCUGACAUCAUCUUCGUCUCCGUGAACACCCCCACCAAAACCCGCGGCCUCGGAGCGGGCAAGGCCGCCGACCUGACCUACUGGGAGAGUGCGGCCCGCAUGAUCGCGGACGUCUCCCGGUCCGACAAGAUCGUGGUCGAGAAGUCCACGGUCCCGGUCAAGACAGCGGAGGCCAUCGAGAAGAUCUUGACCCACAACAGCAAGGGAGUCAACUACCAGAUCCUGUCGAACCCGGAGUUCCUCGCGGAGGGCACGGCGAUCCAGGAUCUGUUCACGCCCGACCGAGUCCUCAUCGGUGGUCGGGAGACCCCGGAGGGCAGCCGGGCUGUGCAAACGCUGAAGGAUGUCUACGCCCACUGGGUACCCGAGGAUCGCAUUCUGACGACCAACUUGUGGUCCGCGGAGCUAUCCAAGCUCGCCGCCAACGCCUUCUUGGCGCAGAGGAUCUCCUCGGUCAACGCCAUCUCCGCGCUCUGCGAGGCCACCGGCGCUAACGUCUCCGAGGUGGCCUUCGCCGUGGGGAAGGACUCCAGGAUCGGGCCCAAGUUCUUGAACGCCAGCGUCGGAUUCGGAGGGUCCUGCUUCCAGAAAGACAUCCUCAACCUGGUCUACAUCUGCGAGUGCAACGGGCUGCCGGAGGUGGCCAACUACUGGAGGCAAGUCAUCAAGAUCAACGACUACCAGAAGAGCCGCUUCGUGAACCGGGUCGUCUCCUCCAUGUUCAACACCGUGUCGGGGAAGAAGAUCGCGGUUCUCGGGUUCGCCUUCAAGAAGGACACGGGGGACACACGGGAGACGCCCGCCAUCGACGUCUGCAAGGGUCUGCUGGGGGACAAGGCCAGCAUCAGCAUCUACGACCCGCAGGUGACGGAGGAGCAGAUCCGGCGUGACCUCGCCAUGAACAAGUUCGACUGGGAUCACCCUGCGCACCUGCAGCCGACGAGCCCGGCCGCCGUGAAGCAGGUGAGCGUGACGUGGGACGCGUACGCGGCCGCCAAGGGGGCGCACGGCGUCUGCAUCUUGACGGAGUGGGACGAGUUCAGGGAGCUGGACUACCAGAGGAUCUACGACAACAUGCAGAAGCCGGCCUUCGUGUUCGACGGCCGCAAUGUGGUGGACGCAGAGAAGCUCAGGGCAAUCGGCUUCAUCGUCUACUCCAUCGGAAAGCCUCUGGAUUCAUGGCUCAAGGACAUGCCCGCUAUUGCCUGACACAAACAAAGGAAGAGAGGGAAUCACAAGAGCGUCAAAUUGUCAAACGGAUGAUUCUUCAUAGUUACUGCUUCUCUAAUGUUUUCUUCACCCAAUAAUUUAUUUGUUCUGGAGUUAUAGUCAAUUAGGCUGCUUGUAUUUUUGGGUCAACGUCGUGUUUCUUUGCAACGUCAUUAAGUCAAUCUAAUUGUACGCAUGUCUGUGUCAGUACGACGAAGGGUUCGAAGCUGAUGGGUUUCGCACUGUUA